CCCUUCCGGGGCAGCGGGGGCGGCCGCGGCCCUUCCGACCGCAGCGCGACUUCUGGCCCAGAGGCGCCGAUGCCGCCCGGCUUCCCUGAGAACCUGAGCAAACUAAAGAGUCUCCUAACCCAGGUCCGCGCCGAGGACCUCAACAUCGCUCCGCGCAAGGCCACGCUGCAGCCGCUGUCGCCCAGUCUGCCUCCGGUCACCUACAUGCACAUCUACGAGACGCCUGGCUUUAGCCUCGGCGUGUUCCUGCUCAAGAGCGGCACGUCCAUCCCACUGCACGACCACCCGGGCAUGCAUGGUAUGCUCAAGGUGCUCUACGGCACAGUCCGCAUCAGCUGCAUGGACAAGCUGGAAGCCGGUGGUGGGCAGCGUUCGUGGUCCCCACCGCCCGAGCAGCAGUUCGACCCGCCGCUGCAGGCCCGUGAGCGGGAGGCCGUUCGGCCAGGCAUCCUGCGCUCGCGGGCCGAGUACACUGAAGCCAGUGGCCCCUGUGUCCUCACGCCGCACCGGGACAACCUGCACCAGAUCGACGCAGUGGACGGGCCGGCUGCCUUCCUGGACAUCUUAGCCCCGCCCUACGACCCGGAUGACGGUCGGGACUGCCACUAUUACCGGGUGGUGGAGUCUGUCAGGCCCAAAGAGGCCUCCGGCUCUGCCUGUGACCUGCCCCGAGAGGUGUGGCUUCUGGAGACGCCGCAGGCCGAUGACUUCUGGUGCGAAGGAGAGCCCUAUCCAGGUCCCAAGGUCUUCCCUUGAAGCUACAGGCCCUCGAAGUGGGCCAAAGACGUGCCCUAUCCUGAUCAUCCUGAUUGGGGCCUGGCAGCGCGGUACCCACCCACCACAAGGGCUCUCUCGCGCCCCCUCUCACUCUGACCCCUCGCCUGAGUGUUGGAUCUACUGGAGUGACCCGCAGCCACGUACUGGCAGUCUGGGAAAGCACAGGCUACUGGACAGCAGCCAUCUGGCACGGUUUACGGUGGCUGGAUGGGCGGGAGGUUAGGUUGUUACCUGGUAUUUUCACUGCCACCAGGGCUUUGAUUUGGGGGAGUGGGUCAGGGAACUCAGAAGCGCUUCCAUUCUAAAGCCAUAAUGAGAAUAUUCUUCCUCUGUUCCCCAUUCUAUACAAAAUAUACUAAAUGGUUUUUUUUUUUUACUCCAGCCCCACUUGAUAAAUAGGCUUUGUUUUCCACUCUUGCCCUUAGGAACUUUUGCUCUUCACAAUUAACUUACUGGCUGCCGGACCAUGUGGUUUGAAUUUUUUUUGUUGUUGUUGUUGUAGUUAUUGGUUAAAACUACAUUUUCAAGAGAUGCACAAUUUAGCCUCCCUUUGAAAAUUAAAUCAUCUUUUCAGAGUUCUGGGAUCGUCCUCAAAACGUAACUAUGCAUAUGGAGGACAAGAUUUAUUUUCUUUCCUCCCUUUGCUCAGUAGCCACAUCGGGUUUACUCAGGCAGCCUCUACUAAAAAAUUCAGCCCCUGCCUAUCUCUGUGAGAGCUGAUUCCUGAGAGCUUUAUCUCCCCACACCCCUUGAAUCUCCAGAUCUGUUGAGCAGAUUUUUUUGUUGCAGAUUCACCUUUCAUGCAACGACUAUAUUAUCCUCAAGUGACUUUUUUCAUGUCCUAAUAUACUUUUAAGAGAUGAUAGGGUAAUUCUGUAUUUUCUGAUCAGAAUCAGAGGAGCUCAAUCUGUUAUGCUUCCAAACAUCUGAAUGUAAAACACUCCUAGCCAACUGUUGAAUUCCAAUAUCUUCCUAUAAAAAGAGGAAAAUACUGUGGUAGUGACUGUUUCACGUUCUCCCAGGAAUAUCAGUGUUCCAGAGGGCUGUGAUUCCUGUUGUGUUCUGGUGGUGUUAUCUCAUCCCUCUCCUUCAAAUGGCAGAGCGAGCACUUGUUUCCUCUGAUGUGUUUUUGUAGGAAGAGGUAGAAGACAUAGAUGAUCUAGGCUGGAGAAUUGGGAAUUAACUAUACUUCUAGCCAUUUUAGGGCACCAGAACUUGGGACUAAACACUUCCCAUUCCCAGCUCCUGAAAUAACAGUUAUCUGUUAGAUUUAUGUUUGUCCUUUUAAUAGGCUGAGCAACUUUACCUUGUUUACAAAUGUAUUGGCACCAUUUGCUUCGGGCCAUGGAGCACUUUCCCUUUUUUUACUAUUUAUAGGAUUCUGUUUUUUUCACGAAGUUUUUCAUAAAAACAAACUGUAGAAAUAGACAUAUUGAGAUGCCCAGCUAUUGUGUAAGCCCUUUCAAUUGUCUUGCCCAUGUGGCAAUCGACUUCUGUCUGUAAUAAAGGGAAAUUUACUACUAUUGAUGGAAAGUAUCAGCUGCCCUUGAGAGAAGCUAUGUGACUUACCUCUUUACACUAGGUUACAGCAACCCAGGUUAAAGGAGUAUUUGUCCCAGUUCUUAAAAUAAUAGGGAAAAGCAAGUUCUUGAUGUUUUCUUUUUAACAAGAAACGCUCAUUCAAUUUGACAUGCCACUAAAAACCUGUUGUAAAACCUGACAGGCAUAAUACCAAGCAUUUCCUCCAGGGUUACAAAAAUUGUUAUUGUAGCUUCACAUUGUGGUGUGAUUUCAAAUGCCUUGGGGGCAGUAUGAACUAGCUCCUCCGUGCUACUCAGUUUGAAAAUAAAUUCUAGAUAUGCAAAUAAUGAUUUUUCUUAGGAAAUUUCAUAAAAUGUGUUUUUAUAGCACGGUAAUGAAUGUGUGUAGCUAUCAUCGGAUGGUCACAUACUUUUUAAAAUUGUAGCAAAAAGUUAAUUUACAAAGACUUUGAUAGUAAUAUGUGUGUUACAGUAUAAUCUGGAGUGUGUUUAACCCUAUAAAAACAUCCUGGAAAUAUGUCAGUAAUGAAGGAAAAAUUAUGAAAGACUUUACUAUCAAAAGAAAAGUAAAAGUUCUCAGUUAUAAACAAUUUGGAAGAAAAAAAUCGAGGUGCUUUUUAAAAGACUUAACUGAAGUUGUUCAGGCCAAAUAGCAAUAUGAUGUCUUUCUAAUUUAGUUUAGUAAGAACAGUGAAAUUUUGGUUCACUAAUAAACUGAGUAAAUUAACGAGGAAAACAAAAUGUAACUUGUUUUAAUGAACCAGUACAGAAAGAACACGCUCAUUAAAAAGACAAAAAGUGGUACAGAGACAGCCUUGCACCUCUAUGCAUAAAGUGUUAGUCAUUACUGACUUUUUGUGCUGCUAGUUUCCAUAUAAUCCUGCAAUAUGGAUUAUGUUUUAAUAAUAACUGUGGGAUAAAAGUUACCUUCCCAUAGGAAAGACUAAUGAGCACAAUGGUAUUAAUCACUUCAAUUUUUUGUUGAAUAAUAAAUGCAAUAAUUGCCUCAUGUGGAUGAGAAAUUGUCUGUGUAAAUACUUCUGAAGCUUUUAAAUUCUCUAGUUAUACCGAUGGCCAGUUAUAUUAAUGCAGAAUAUUGUGUACCUGCUUACUACUUUCAGAACUGAUUUUUAUUAAGCCUUCUAUUUAUUAAUGAAGAUGGUUAUAGUACAUGUUUUUAGCAACAGAUGUUCUUUGAGCCAUUACUGUAAAUAGCUCUUAGCUUCUCCCAAAAUGUGUAUCUUUUAUUCCCCUCACCCCACUCCCGUUGUCUCCUUGUAGGUGCUUUAAUCUUGGUGUCUAAGGAUUGUCAUCAUUCUGAUUCUGAAUCCUAUGCUUCAAAAUAAGCAAUAUAUUGUUUUGUUGUUGUUUUGGUACUGGGAUUGAACUGGGGACCUUGCACUUGCGUUGGCACUACUGAGCUAAAUCGCUGGCCCUGAAGCAAUAUAUUGUUAAUCAUCUGCCUGUUGUUAUUCAGCCCUACCCUGAAAACAGUGCUACUCCUGUAACUGUAGGUCUAAAUUUGGAACUUUGGAUCAUACACAAGCUGACCCUGGUUGUCUCCAGUGCACUGAGACAUCUUCUGUCAAAGAAGGAAACCAUUUGUUAAUAAUACUGAAUCUUGUAAUUCAGUGAUGCCUACAUUUACAGAUGAAAUGAGUAUACUUAGGAAUGCUUAAAAUUGUUUAGAGGUAAAUCUUGAUUAUUGCAAAAUGAGGAAGGAAAAUUUCCUACAUUAUAUUCAUUUUGAUUACUGCUAAAGGUUCACAGCCUGUACUGUUGUACUAAAAGCUGUCGGCCUUUUAAAGAUUAUUAAAGUCCAAGUAAUAGUAUAAAUUUAACAUUAGUUUAUUUCCUUGAGAGUGAUCUUUGAAACUGAAUGAAAAUAUCUGAAACUUUGAUGUCUAGUCAUACUAUUUUGCUCUAAAGAAAAAAACCUUUUAUAUUUAACCUAAAGAAAAUAGUACAAGAAAACAAUUACUUUCAUCCUAAAGGAGAGAAUCUUAUGACUUAUUUUCUUCCUUUGGUUUUUCCUUUUCCUGUAGAAUUUGUAUAGUUGUAGUCUGGACUGGCAACGUCUUGGGAACCUGUGUUGAUGUUGAACAUCACUCCGCCGCUACACACACACUUGAUACAAUACAGUACAAAUUGUAUUGAACUGUCACAAGUUACUGCAGCAGUUUUUAAUAUAUAAAACAAUUUGCCUUUAUCUCAUUAGCGGUUAGACUAUUAAAAUUAAAUGGUCUGCUUUAUGAGUACUUGAGAACCUUAUUUAGGUUUAAUCAACCUGUUUAUAACCAGAAUUGAGCCAUCUCAAAAGUAUUAGGAACCUGUAAAGAAUUACUCUCCAGAAGUUACUUUUUAAUAAAAAAUAAUAGCUGAAAUAUCAGUAAUACUAUUCCAUAAAGUGUACAUAAGAGAUUAGGAGAUUUAUCAUUCUAUGCUUUAUUUCUUGAGCACAGUAAAAAAUGAGAUGCCUGUGGAAAGUGCCCUGAAAUUGUUAGAAGAAAAUCUAAAGAUACGAACUUCACAUGUUGAAAUGUAGGAGUAGAAGCUAUGAGGUUGGCCCUGAGGAAACACUGUUGUGAGGUAUUCCCUAUGGUGUAUAUAGUACCACUACUUCAAGGAGGAUGUCAAGGUAAAAGUGAGUAU